UAGAUUGUGUGUAUAUAUAUAUAUAUUCGACGCUAUUUCGACGACGUCUCUUCGAGUUCUUCAAGUUAAAGACGGCUCCAUUAAUGGGGGUGUCCGGUGAUUGCGCGGUGCGCUCCGCGAGCAGUAGGAGUCAUCCCUGUCACUGCUGCAGUCACGCGGCCAGCGCGAACGCCAGUGCUUCGUCCCAACACCACCACAAUCACCACCACCACCACCACAACCAAGGGCACAACAACAAUAACAACAAUAACAAUAACAACAACAAUAACAACAACAACAACAACAAAACCACCGAUAACCAUCAUCAUCAGAACGGUGCCGAUACCGUUGGUGUCUUGGCUCCCUUACGCAGCAAGAUGAAAGUUCUCAAGAAGCUCAAACGGAAGAUGGGUCUAGCUCCCAGGUCGUCCAGUGCCGGUACCAACAACCUUCCACCUCUGACCUUCCACCGAGUUCACGGGGAUAAUAUCAGACUCUGCAACGGUGGAACUAUCGCCAGGAGACACGAGAGCUUCUGCAAGGGUGUCACAUUCAGCGCGAGGCCCGUACGGAUCGGGGAAAAGGUCUGCGUCAAGUUCCUCGAGAUAUCCGACAACUGGAGCGGCGUCAUCAGGUUCGGUUUCACCGCAAACGAUCCGGUCAAUCUACGUAGCGGACUUCCAAAGUACGCCUGCCCCGAUCUGACGAACAAACCCGGGUACUGGGCGAAAGCUCUGGCCGAACGUUUCGCCGAACGAGAUACGGUGCUUUUUUACUACGUUACGUCGGCCGGCGACGUCCACUUCGGAGUCAACGGCGAGGAGAAGGGCGUCUUCUUCAGCAGCGUCGAAACCCGGGGUCCGCUCUGGGCCAUCAUCGACGUCUACGGGAACAGCACCGCUAUCGAAUUCGUUGACCCGAACAGGCAACACUUCAACAAUGUUAAACGCGGCGCCGAUCAUAGUAACGAGGAUAAUGCCCAGCACUCGAGACACUCCGCGAUGGACGAUGCCAGCAACGCUGGUCGUGAUGUCGAGAGAAUUAUCGUUCCUACAAUGCAGAGCAUGUCCAUUCACCACGAACCGGAUGUUGACCUACCUGGGCUGAGGUUUCAGCCUUCCGGUGUCGUCUUCAAAUCCCUACCUUUCCACUCAACUCGAGGUCGCAACAUAUGCUUCAGCAAUCAGCAGUGCGUGGCGACCCGCAGUGACACGGAAUUCUGCCACGGCUACGCUUUCACGGGUCGACCGCUUCUUCUGGGCGAACGACUGGUCGUCCAGAUCCUGGCGACGGAACCGAUGUACGUCGGUGCGUUAGCGCUGGGUCUGACGUCCUGCGACCCGUCGAAACUAACGGCCGAGGACCUCCCUGACGACAGCGACCUCCUCCUCGAUCGUCCCGAGUACUGGGUGGUCUCCAAGGACGUGGCGUCCUGCCCGCAACCCGGCGACGAGAUCGCCUUUACCGUCACGCAUUACGGCGAGGUUCAGAUGAGCAAAAACGGCGGGGCGCCAAGCGUCGUGAUGCACGUCGACCAGAGCCUGCAGCUCUGGGCGUUCGUCGACGUCUACGGGAGCACUCAGCGCGUCAGGAUGCUCGCAGGCCGGCCAACCUCGCCCCCGAGGCAGCAACGUCAGGCUGCCGCACCUGCUGGCACUCAGCACUCCAAUCACAGCAACGCGGCCACCGAGCUUUCCCGAUUCUCCGAAAUGGUGCAGUUCAAACCCGCCGUUGGAGGCGGCACCGUUCUCGUCGUCAACCUACCGCCCCAGGGUGGCUACCCCGCACCCUCACCCUCCACUCCGCAGCAGCCCGUAUACGCACCGGCUGCCUCCUCACACCGAAAUCCACCUCCCAUUCACCAUCCACCACCCCCGCCUCCGGCCGCCGUCGCCGUUUCUCACCCCGGAUCUUCGCGGCAGUCGCCACCCCUCACGGGGACCAUGAUCAGCACCGGAUCUUCGACCUACGUAGACCCCGUGUCUUACCAGACCCUCGACGGCACCCUGACGUCCCAGGCAUCGUCCCACCUUCAGCAAUGGAGCGAAGGCCUUCAGCCUACCCCGGGACAACCCAGCGAGUGCUCGAUAUGUUACGAACGGAACAUCGACAGUGUUCUUUACAUUUGCGGACACAUGUGCAUGUGCUAUCCCUGCGCCAUACAACAGUGGCGGGGAAAGGGCGGCGGGCAUUGCCCUUUGUGCAGGGCGAUCAUUAGGGACGUUAUUCGUAUUUAUAGGUCAUGAACUUGUACCAGGGUUUUUUAAUGUUAUCCAUCGUUUGCGAUUUAUUUAUACAUUUAGGCAAGAUCGUUACGCGGUAUGGAUAAACAAAACGGAGCGUUAGUUUCGUCUUAGCGACGGAGGUGUUCAGUCAGGUUCUUUCUUUGUUUUUAGGGAAUUUGAUCUAGGGUUUUAUUUUCAUUUAUAUUCUUCUUUGUCUUCUUUUUUUUUUUUUUUUUCUCGGUAUGUUUUUCGAGGUAGACGUGGUGGUUAGAAUUUUGAAUUUAUUGCCGAUAUUCCUUUCUGUUUUUUUUUUCUUUCUUUUUUUCCUCUUUUAAUUAUUGACGAUAAUUUAAUUUUUAACAUCGCGAUAAACGUGUGUCGUCUUAAUUCUUCGAUAAAAAAAUUGAAAAAAUUCAGACUCAAAUUGAGACUUGUAAAUACGCAUUGUGAAUGAUUGUGAAAAUUUUUGUACGGCUCGUAUUUUUCGCCAAAGUGCUGCAUGCGAGUGUUACAAAGACGUGGGCGUUUGUUAUGAUUCGUUCGUGGUUGUGCGCAUAUAUGUAAUUCGUGAAUUCGACAAGCUUUUAGAGAGUAAUUGACUACUUCAUUCGUGUUUUAUACGUGUCGGUAACUUCUGUCAAUUAGACGUCAAUAGAUAAAGAGAUAAAAAAGAACGAGAGAAGGAAAGAGAGUAAAUGAGAAUGUCGAAAUGUCAAAUGAAAUGGAGUGCUUCUGGUUCGUAGGCAACACUGCCAUCGCAUAAUAUUAACCACUAAUCUGGCACAAAAUAUGCGUCCAAAGUAAUAACAUAGGUAUGUAUAAUCACUUUCACCUGAUGCUUCUGUGUAAUUAUAAUAAUUAGCAACAGGCGCCCCGAUUAUAUUCUGUAGGUCAUUUUCCUCUCGCGGAAAAUUUGCAUCAGGGCGCGUGAUUAUAUAUUCUAUGAAUGUUUCUGGUAUGUUUGAUUGAAUGUGAAGGAUUGAUUGAUUCUAGUUUAACGAAUUGUGUUUUAUACGAAGUAGCGUGCUAUUAUUAUUACUAUCAUUACGAAACUGAUUAUUAUCAUUAUGACUACAAUCGUUGCUAUGCUAAUAUUACUAUUAUCAUUAUCAUUAUUAUUGUCAUUACUAUUAUCGUCAUUAAUAUUUAAUUGAACGUGUAAUUAUUAUCGCGGGCCUUCGAGCCCAGGGGCUUUUUGUUCGAGACGUUAGAUUCGUCCGGUAUUUUCUUAGAUAGUCGAAAACCACUGUUGUUUUUUGAGUAAACAAAGCAAGAUAACUAUAAUAUCUGUUUUUUUUUUCUUUUCUUUUCACUUUCUCGCCCAUAAUCAUUUAUCAAUUAUAUGGUAACUUUGAAACGCUGACGAGUCGUCUUUGCACCGCAGCACUUUUUUAUUGCCAAAGACAUUGGCCAGUUUACCCAAAGUUUGCAUCAUUUUUGCAAACGUGAAAUAAUAAAUAGGA